UGGUGCUCGAAAGGCGGAUCCCUCUUUUGCGAACUCGCCUUUCUUAUUAGUUUCACUCUUUGUCGCGCCCUUCCAUAUUUUAAUUAUAGCAUUAAAAUCAAACUUAUGUUCUUCGAGUUAAGCCUCUUUAUUUGACUGAGUGUUAAUUUCCCCCCGCCGUGACGACAGGAAGAGCCCCCCCCCCCCCCCUCCGCCCCCCUCCUUGCUAGCAACGAAGCUAACUUUUUGUUAGCAUCACUCUUUGCCAUCGAAGCCGAGCAGCUAGCGGCGCCGACUCUCUCACUAGAAGCCCGGCGACAAUGGGGGACAAAGAACUCGCGUGGCUAUUGCAGACCGGAGACCUGGCCGACGUGGCUGAGAUGCUCAAGACGGCAGAUGAUGUCAAUCGGACCCUGGAUGGCGGCAGGAAGCCUCUGCACUAUGCUUGCGAUUUUGGUCGGAAGGACCUGGUGGAGUUCCUCAUCUCCAAAGGAGCAGAUGUCAACGCCCCUGACAAACAUGGCCUCACUCCGCUGAUCUCUGCCUGCCUGGAGGGCCAUGCCAGCUGUGUCAAGUUCCUCAUAGAUAAGGGCGCUGACAAGAACCAGAAGGGUCCAAACGGCAUGAGCGCCUUUGAGGCAGCCGAAGACGACGGCAUCAAGGCUCUUCUCAAGUGAGGGGGAGGCUGGGGGCAUGGGCGUGAAUGGUGCGGGGGGCAUAAUGGGAAUGAGUGCUCGGCCCCCCACAGCAGACUCAGCGGGGGUACCACCUGUAGAGAAGAUGGCCCAGCCCCUUCACCUUUAUCAACCUGUUGUCUUCUCACUGCUUCUGUCUGUAAGCUGGGGAGGGGUCAUCUUGCCUGUCUAGUGGUUUCUAUAACCUUUCCUCUUCUUCCCACCUCUCUGAGAUGUGUUUUUUCUGUCUCUCUUAUUUUUUUAGGGGGGGGUCAUUUCCAUUUAACGUGAGGAUGAGGGUGAGGGGGGUGCUCACGCCUCUCCAACAAAAGACGAGGCUCAGCACUUAAACUUGAUGUUGCUAUUUUGUACCAAUCCACUUACCAUGGCGUGUGACCUGGUUGCACUGUACAAUUGUCCACUAAAGAAAGGUUAAAAUGAUUUUUAAUAAACCUCCCUCUGCCCCCUCCCGCAGCCCCCCAAAGAAUUAACUUCCUAGAGCCGCUUUAACAUAUCACAUUGUGCUUUGGCGUGGCAUCAUUUAUUUCCUGUGUCCAUUGACCAAUCACCAUGCUGGCUAACAACUAGGAGCACUUGAAUGUUCUACAAGUCACACUAACGGUGAAAAACAAAAAUGAGCAGCAUUUUGGAACUUGUAGUGGUUUUUUUUUUGCAGCUUUUGUUUUGCUUUGCUACUGAGUGACUAGGAGUUAGAUUUUAAACUGGAUGGGGGGUGAGAAUACCCUCUUUCUCCCCUCCCAUUGCCUUGGAUUUGCUUUAUCUUGCAUGAUUGCUUUUUCUUAGGCCAUCACACGCUCGAUGUCCGUUCUCGGUUGCUUUCAGAUCAACAAAUUAUGACAAAUGCUACUACUAGGGUCAUGGACGCCACCAGAAAAAAAAAUGCUGUCAAACGCUGACUUUGUUGUGACAAAAAGUCUGUAAAAACAAAUAAAAAAUGUCCUUAAAAGCUCA